GAUCCGUCGCGCUCGAUGGUUCUUUCGGAUUCGCCCGGGCAAUGCCGUAAUAUUACUAUGAUGGGUUAUGGAACGAAUCAACAAGGAUAUAAUAAACUAUUUACUCAGGGUUCGGCGGACUCCAAUUACUCGCACCCUUCGUCAGACCUGUCGCUCGACGAGGAGAAGGAGACGCUGCGGCGUGAGAAAGAGGGCCAGGCGCUCAGCCAGCUCAAUCGCGCGAGGAAUAAACCGGUAGCGUUCUCUGUCAAGACGAACGUUUCCUAUGACGGUUCAUUGGAUGAUGACUCUCCCGUUCACGGUUGUGCCAUCUCUUUCGAAGCAAGGGAUUAUUUGCACAUCAAGGAGAAAUACGACAACAACUGGUGGAUAGGACGAAUUGUCAAAGAAGGCUGUGAUGUGGGCUUCAUUCCGUCACCGGUCAAGAUCGAGAACCUGCGCAUGCAGGCGUCGGCGCAGCGGAGCAGCAAACUGUAUGCCACGAAAGCUUCUUCGUCAUCCGGAAACCUCGGCGCCCCCAACGAUGUCAGCAGGGGAAGCACGCCUCCGACACCAGGCGAUGAAUCGGACACGAUGGGUGUGCCGCGCACGGGCAAGGCGGCGCUGUCGUCUCUGCCUUCCAAGGACAAGCGAAAACCCUUUUUCAAGAAACAAGAAGCCCCCAGCCCUUACGACGUGGUGCCUUCGAUGCGACCCGUGGUCCUUGUCGGGCCAAGUCUGAAGGGCUAUGAAGUUACGGAUAUGAUGCAAAAGGCGCUUUUCGAUUUUCUCAAACAUCGAUUUGAAGGCCGAAUAAUUAUCACAAGAGUAAUGGCUGAUAUAUCGCUGGCGAAACGGUCCAUUAUGAAUAAUCAAACAAAACGUGCCCUUAUGGAGCGCUCAAAUUCGAGAUCAACGUGCUUGGCCGAGGUUCAGACGGAAAUCGAACGAAUAUUUGAAUUGGCGCGGACUCUUCAAUUGGUCGUUCUGGAUUGUGAUACAAUUAAUCAUCCUUCACAACUUGCCAAAACCAAUUUAUCGCCGACGAUAGUUUAUUUGAAAAUUUCUAGUCCAAAGGUAUUGCAAAGGCUUAUCAAAUCACGAGGAAAAGGUCAAACAAAAAAUCUUUCGGUACAAAUGGUUGCGGCCGAAAAAUUAGCACAAUGUCCACCUGAAAUGUUUGAUGUUAUUUUAGACGAGAAUCAAUUAGAAGAUGCAUGCGAGCACAUAGCAGAAUAUUUAGAGGCAUAUUGGCGAGCGACCCAUCCGCCUGAAGAAGUGGCUACGAUUCCGCGACCUCUUCAACCUGCUCAAGAUACGUCUCCGAACGCUGAACAACCGGCCAGAAUACCCCAUACACCCACAGAACAUCAUCCGCACGAUUCCUAUAAUUAUUCACACAGUCGUGACAGAGAACGAGGUGAGAUAAUAAUCCAUCCAAGAGUCAGAAAUGCUCUGUUCUGGCUUUAUAGACAAGCUAAACGAAAGCGCGCUAAUAAUUUAAUCUGA